AUGGACGAUCCCUUCAUCGCCUGCCCGUAUAAUAAGAUGCAUCGAAUUCCGCGAUCCCGCAUACAGCGGCACAUAGUAAAAUGUCCAGAUAAGAGACUGGAUUAUAGCUUUUGUCCAUACAACGCGACUCACAUCAUGCCAGCCAAAGAUAUAAUAAAACAUACCGAAGAAUGCCCUUCAAAAGUCAUUGUAUUUCCUGAAGACAAGCCUCCAGUUGUGAAGGCAGCCAUAGCAGUCCCUAAACCAAUGUUACAAAGGGAAUAUUUGCCUGAAACUGAUCCUAAUCAUGAGAUUUGGGAUGAUUAG